AUGCGUGCUCGCUCCGCGCUCGCGGUAUACUCCCUCUUGGGCCUCUCGGCAGCCUCAACAAGCAACGACUCCGAUCCGGUCGUCAAAAAUGCCAACCACAUCUUUAACGUGAUUCACGACUCUAUGCGCCAAUGGGGCUCUUCGCUCCAUCAUAAUGGUGUUUCCUUCUUCCUUGCGACUGUCCCGGCUGGUACGCAGCUUUAUCACGGCACCUCUGAGUCGGACCCGAUAAAUGGGACAGAAUGGCUGGCAUUUGAGCCAGAACAUGCUAUGGUAUUUGCUCGGCCACGUGGAGGACCACAUGGCCCCGGAGGCCCUGGCGGUCCUCAUGGCCCUGGUGGGCCCCCGCCAGGUGAAGGUGGUGAUAAUGAGGAUGAUGAACACCGCGGUGAACGCGAGGAACUGCGUCGGAGACAUCCUCAUGGCUCAACUGAGAAAGAUUUCGGUCCCCCGUCCUUUGAAGACCUCGAAGAGAGUUCCACAGGAUAUCUACACACAUACGCAGCAGUACAGGACCUCCGCCUUUUGUACAUCGAUGGCAUGUCUGCGGCUAAGACGCAGAAGGGAACCCUCGAUUCGCAGGACGUACUCCUGUUCAAUGGCACUAUUGACAACUCAGCAGGAAGAGGACCAGGUGGAGAGGGUGAUCGUGCCCGCAAGGCGUGUGAUAUGGCAGAGGAUGACUGGGCUGGCCGUAUUGACGGUGUCCUCCGCAUGGAGGCUGGAUUUGAGAUCAUUUUGUGCAAGUUCGAGCGCGACCUCCUUCCCGUGCGCAUUACACAAGUCAAAUCGCGAGCUCGUGAUGAACAUGAAAAGACCGGAGGUGGCUGGAAGAAGGAUGAGCACCACGGACCCCCGGAUGGCAAGAGAAGAGGCCCUGGCGGACCUGGUGGCGGACCUGGUGGCGGACCUGGUGGCGGAGACUCGGCCGGCUGGAUGCGCGCUGUGACUGCGCGGUACGAUGACAUCGGCGCAAACAGAGUAUUUAUCAACUAUGAGAACUUUGUGACUGCUUUUGCGCAUGACGUCGACCUCUUCACCGAGGACCCAAAGCUUCCCCAUCUCUCACACUUGACAUACUCGGAGCUGAAGCCGAUCCAGAAAGAGGUUACUGCUCUUGCACUUACCCACGACGCUAGGGAAUCGUCAUGGAACUGGCGUGCCACUACAGAUGCCGUCGUCAUUCGAUACAGCGAUGAGCUGACCUAUCUCGCCUCGACUAAGAUCUCGACAAUCGAUGCUCUGCAUGAACACAUCGAAAAGCUUCUGUCUCCUUUUAUCGACUACAGUGAGCGUGAUGCUGUGCUCGAAAAUGAUAGGUGUGCGACGCAAUUCCUGCCUGUGCAAUUGCAGGGUGGAAAGUCAAUGGCUGCGCGAGCUGUUUACAACGUUGCUCACACCGUGUGCUCUACGCUUUUGGAGGCAUGGGUCGAGCAGGAGCUUGCAUCUGCCCAGAAUACAAUUCAAACCUUGAUCGGAGAUCUGGCUUGGACUACCUGGAAGGAGUGCCGGGGUUGUGAAGUUAAUGAAAUCUGCGUCGUUCCAAUCUGGCCGAUGGGAACUGUGGAGGAUUACAACAAUCCCCAGUGCAAGCCGGCGUCGAAUCCCUAUGAUGGAAACGGGGAAAACUACUGGGGUGGAAUGCAUCCGUGA